AUGCAGAUGCUUCUACAAACAUUUGUGAAAGAAUGGGUCGCUCUCAGGAGCUCAGUGACUCCAAGCGUGGUACCGUGAUAGGUUGCCACCUGUGCAAUAAGUCCAUCUGUGAAAUUUCCUUGCUACUAAAUAUUCCACGGUCAACUGUUAGUGAUAUUAUAACAUAGUGGAAGCAACUGGGAACAGCAACUCAGCCACCAAAUGGAGCCAGGUCAGGGCAUGCUGAAGCAAACAGUGCAUAGAAGUCACCAACUGUCUGCAGAGUCAAUAGCUAAAGACCUCCAAGUUUCGUGUGUGGCCUUAAGAUUAGCACAACAACGUGUAGAGAGCUUCAGUGAAUGGGUUUCCAUG